GACCCUAAGCUUGGCUGCCACUUUGUGUACCGAGUUUUCUAUAUAUCCUCUGCUGCAUCACUUCUCUGAAAGCUGCUUUCUCAUUCCUUCCUUCAACCCCAAGAACAUUCCCAAUACGGGCAUUGCGAAUCCUACCUUCUCCAGCAACUUCAAACCAUGUGCGACUACACGCAAGUCGAAUUCCGCUGCAGUCAUGUCCGCUACACGGUUCGAGCAUGGUGCACAAACUACGAGAGAACUCACAAACGCUGCCCGCCAAGCGUUGUUGCCAUCGAGUUCAGGCUAGAUGAGCGCUGCGGUGAUUGCCGUAACCCAGCGAUCCAUCCGUCAUGGAUGACUCGACAACCGAAGAACACUCGCAUCCAAACUUAGGCAGGAGCGCAGGGUAGAGGUGUUCGGAUUGACAGGCAUUGAGCACAAUACGUUUCUGGUCUGACGAUUUUUGAAGUUUCUUUCAAUCAAAUCAGAUGACUUCCUAUUACCUCCCCUCAUCUAUCUCUCUAUCUGUGACAUAUCUGAAGCUCAAAUGAAAGAACAAUCCUGACUCGGAGAUCUGCGGCAUGGGAUGCUCUGUGGCGCUCCACAAUCCAGCCCAUUCACACUCCCUUGUCCAUCGUCCCAU